AUGCCAACUCUUGCAGUUCAAACCUCGAAGCGAAAGACGACCGCGAACAUCCAGAAGCGCCAGGAAUGCAUAAUCACGUCAGCGCCAUCCACUGCUGCAUCCGGUUCGGCGACCAUAACAUCAGCUCCGUCAAUUCUAGACAGUAGUGCCGCCAGCGCCAGUGCCUCAGCGUCUGGCGCCUCAGCAUCCGCAGCCUCAGCAUCCGCCGCUUCAGCAUCUGCCGCAUCAGCAUCUGCCGCAUCUGCUUCAGCCGCCUCUGCUUCUGCUGUCUCUGCUUCCGCCGCCUCCGCAUCAGCCGCCUCCGCCUCCGCCGCCGCAGCCAGCGCCAGCGCCGCCGCCGCAAUCGCAAACAAGGCCAACUGCUACCUAUGGGACGACGCCUCACUCGCGUACGCGAUCCAAGUGACACCCAUCGAUGGAUGGACGACAGGCAGCAACGGCAAAUCACUGAAGAACGAGGAGAAGGGGUGCGGGGCGCUGAUGUUCUGGCACUGGGGCACGUGGUCGAAGGGCACGCAGUGGGCGACGUUCGAGCUGCCCACCUGGAUCAAGGCCGGGUGCGUGGAGCGCGCGAUCGCGAGCGCGGGCGGGCCGAGCGGGCUGAAGUGCCGUGGGAUGGGGUGGUUUCAUGGGAGGUAUCUGCGGGAGGAUGGGACGAUUAGGGGUGGCGGGACCGGGGGUGAGGAUGGUGUGCUGGCGCAAGGUGAGGCGGAGGCGACGGCGUCGCUGUUGCCGCUUGCGGUGCCUGGGGCGCCUUGA